GACUUGGCCAGGAAAGUCAUCCUGAACACAGAGUACCUUGCGCGUGACUUCGUCAUGGAGAUGAAUCUGACAGGCUACCUUAUGAGCGGAACCAGCUAUGCGCCGUGGUUCCAUUUGGGACAAAUCUACGCUGCCGUCAAGAGGAAGUUUCCGGACAUUCUCCAGAUGAUGGGCGAGCCCAUUCCAUUUGCACAGAGAAGCGUCAUGAUAGCUGCAUUGCGGGACUACUUGGUGCAG